CUUUAAGAAUUAGGAUUUGGGAGUGACGCGGAUAUGAAAGCUAGUUUAUUCCUCUUUCCUUUGCAACGAAUAUUGUUUAGAUUAACUAGACUAGUUAGCGAUAACUAGCUAAAUUAUAGGGAGAAAUGAUUCUCACUGUUUAGAAACGGAAAGGAUACAGAAGGGGUAUUUGAGCGUCCUCGGGAAUUCAUCUUUCAGGAUUGAGGCGUCCUCCAAAUUGGGAUAACUUUGAAUAAGUUCUUUGUAUUCAGGGAUCCGCUGAUAAGAAGACGUUAAACAUGGACUGGGGCACGGAUCUCUGGGACCAAUAUGACAUCAUCGACAAGCACACGCAAUCCGGGCUGGAACUGGUAGAGAAGUAUGUCAAGUUUGUGAAGGAGAGGACGGAGAUAGAGCAGAACUAUGCCAAGCAGCUGAGAAAUCUAACAAAGAAAUACAAUCCUAAACGAGGCUGUAAAGAGGAACAGGAAUGCAGGUUCUCCAACCACCAGUCCUUCCUGGACAUCCUGAAUGAGAUGAACGACUACGCAGGACAGAGGGAGCUGAUUGCUGAGAACAUGAUGAUGAACAUCUGCAUCGAACUCACCAAGUACCUGCAGGAGCUCAAGAUGGAGCGUAAGACGCAUCUGUCGGAGGCCAAGAAAGCCCAGCAGAGUUUGGAGAGCACCUAUAAGCAGCUCGACAGUAGUAAGAAACGUUUUGAGAGGGAGUGGCGGGAAGCGGACAAAGCUGCUCAAUAUGCCGAGAAAACUGACCAGGACAUCAACGCCACGAAGGCCGACGUGGAAAAGGCCAAACAGCAGGCCCAUUGCAGACCCAACAUAGCGGAGGAGUGUAAGAACGACUACGCAGCCCAGCUGCAGAAAUACAACCAGGAGCAGAGCCAGUUCUACUUCAGCGACGUGCCUCUCAUCUUCAACAAAACCCAGGACAUGGAUGAGAGGCGGGUGAGGAAGCUGGCGCAGGGCUACGUCUUGUUCUCAGACACGGAGCACGUGAUGCCCAUUAUCGGGAAGUGUCUGGAGGGCGUCACUAAAGCGGGCACUAAUGUCAAUGAGAGGAAUGACUCCAUAGCUCUUAUAGAGCAGUACAAGUCAGGCUUUAGGCGUCCUGGCGACCUGGACUUUGAGGACUACAGUCAGGGCAUCAACCGUGCCUCCUCAGACAGCAGCUGGGCACCCUCGGUACCCCCAAAGGCCCCUGGAGCUGCUGGCAAGAACAGGAGCAAACCUUGGCUGUUCAGCAAGAAGAGUAAGCCCACGGUGACCGAGGACUUUGGCCAUCUCCCCCCCGAGCAGCGCAGGAAGAGGUUACAACAGAAACUAGAUGACAUUGGCAAGGAGUUGCAGAAAGAAGUGGACCAGAGUGAGGCCCUGGGGAAGAUGAAAGAUGUGUAUGAGAAGAACCCCCAGAUGGGAGACCCUGCRAGCCUGUCUCCCCAGAUCAACCAGACAGCCCAGAACAUGGAGAGACUGAGAGGAGAGCUCAACAAGUAUGAGUCAUGGUUGACAGAGGCAGGAAGGCGAGGGGAUUCGAUGCUCAGGAGAGGAACGUUACGAGAGGAUGCGUUGAGCUACACGUCUCACUCCAACAACAACGGCAGCACUCACGAACCAUACAGCCCUGACAGAACCCACUCUGAAGAAGGCACCCCGGAUCCCUCUCAGGCCAUCUACGCCGAGUUUGACGACGACUUUGAGGAGGAGGAGGAGGAGCUUGUCGCUCCCAUCGGCCAAUGUACAGCCAUGUACAACUUUCCAGGUGCCAGUGAGGGGACCAUCACCAUGCAGGAGGGGGAGGUGUUGUCUGUAGUGGAGGAGGAUAAAGGUGARGGCUGGACCAGGGUCCGCAGGGCCAACGGGAACGAGGGCUACAUCCCAACAUCCUACGUCAGCAUCAGCCUCGGCAAGUGACCCGACACCCAUCCCACCCACACGAGGCCUGAGGGAACGGCCAAUCAUCACUAAUGAUGAUGAUUCCAAAAUACUGUGGCAGCUCUCUCAUGGGACCAAUCAGAAAGAGAGAAAAAAGCACUGUGGGUGGGACCACCUGGGUGUCCGUUAGGAGACUAUUAGGGCCAAUCGAGUCGCUUUGAUUUCCUCACUGAGAUGCGCACCCAUGAUUUCUUUCCCCUGCUGGCCAGAGAAGAUGCAGUCAAUUGUGCUUUUGGUUCCUUCUGGCUUGCACGUCUGUACCAGGUCACUACUUACCACAAGCCACACAUUUUCAUCGUAGUUCUUGAUAUUAUCACAGUGCGUUUGUGGUUGUGGUUUAGUAAUGGAUAUCAUAGCAGGACUGAUGAUAUAGAUUAGAAUGAGGCACCAACCAACAUGUCCAUAUGCCCUCACCUCACUGAGGCUUCUCCUUUUCACAGUGAGAGGAGGAUUAGAAGUGCUGUACUGGAGCGUUUGACAUCAGGGUUGUGUUCAGUAAGGAAAAAACGUUUUGAAACUGAGUGAAACAGAGGUACUACCUGAACUUGUCUAAUGAGAACACAGUGCUACAGUGUGCCCUACUGAACAGGAGCCAGGAUUAAGAGGACGUUUCCCUGACACAUUAAUAAGCAUAACCUGCUCUCUCUAUCACUCCCAUGCAGCCAGAAUGUAAACUGAUCACAUUCUUGCUCUUCUUCAUAUUUGCACACAGCGUUUUGGACAAAGAACAUUUGCUCAGAUAAAGGAAGGGUCUCAACACAGAUCUAUGGGCACUACAUUUCAGUAGGAAAGCCCCGUUGACACAGCCCCACUAUUCAGAUCAGAUAUACUCACCAGUUAGCGUGACUUUAUUUUCUUGUGCUCUGAGGUAUAAAUAUAUUAGCCAUCCACAAGGCCAAAGACUGCCAGUAAAGCCCCCUUAGAGAGACACGCACAUACUGAUGGCAAUAAAGAAAUGUUUCAGACAAUCACAGCCGUAUCUUCACUACAGCUCAGUUUCAAGCCAUCGACAGAAAUGGCCUAUACGAGAGCUCUUUUAUAGCUCUUGACUCUGAAUGGUAAAUAAUGAGUUGUUUGUAUUGAGAAUAUAAUUUAUUAAGUAUGUGUAGGUUGCUACAUUUAAAAGAGGUCAAGUUUAAGGCAUGUUUUGGUUUAUAUCAUAGGAGUUAACUCCCAUUUGUACUUUUCCCUGCUAACACGGUGGACUGUCUGUAUAAAGACUAUCGUAUUUAUGUUAUGAAAUAAUAUAUUUUAGCUAUCACUACACCACUAUUGUCUUAUUAUCUUUUUAACCUGAUGAAUAAAGAUGUAUCUUCGUGAGGUGAAUGUGUCCAUUUUGUCUGGAGUUUAAUAGACGCUCCAGUUUUGAGCCACGCAGGAAUAUUCCUAAUGUAAAAACUCACUCGUAUGUCCAGGUGCCUUUCUGGUUAAAAGCAUUGUGUAUAUACCUAACAUCCAAAUGUCUUCUGUUUUUAAGACUAAUAAAUGUAACACACAUUUCAAAGUUCAA